AUGGCAGCGGAACCCAGCACCGCGAGCGACGCACCAAAUGGCGACUAUCAGGCACUAUGGGCGAACAAAUACCGAGGCGCCACAGUAGAAGACCUCGAUCCCCCGCCCGCCCUCUCCGUCAAGCCUACCGACCCAAUCUCAUGGGCACUCAUGUCCGGCCUUGAGCGCGACUACACACACCUCACUGUCAUUGCCGAGACAAAUCGCGCAUUGCUUGGAUACAUUAGCAUCCCGCAUCUCCAGCAACUUCUCAAAGAAGGCAAAGUCAAGGACAGCGACCCUGUUGAGGAGGCCAUGCACAAGUUCCAGCGCCGCGGCAGGAGGUAUAAGGUCAUCACGACAGAGACACCACUCGAAGAGCUUGAAGAGUUCUUCAAUGGUGGGGUAGACGGCAGCGGAAAGCAGGAGUUUGCGGUGGUGACAGAUGCAAGCAGGAAGUUUGUACUCGGGGUGGCCACAAGGGCGGACCUGGAGAACUUUGCGAAGAGGAGGGCAUAA